AUGUCUAAGGUUGCAGUAAAGAAGCUGCACUGGCGGUCCAAAGUGCAGGAGAACUUUGUCCCGCUGGUCGGCAGCUCUGGAGAGUUGGGGAUAGCCAUCGGAGGCGGGGCUGAUUAUGGAGAAUUCCCAUUUGUCACGGCUGCACCAGGGGGCGGGAUCACAGUUGGCGAUAUCAUCUUAGAAAUCGGAGGGACUCCUGUUUUGGGCCUGACUUUAGGAGAUGUGCGUGGACUUCUCAACUCCUGCCCUCAUCCGAUCCGCAUCAAGACUGUUUCUCCAGGCUCAACUCUAUGCAAGGAUCUGAGAUUAUACUUGAGCAAAUGUUUCACACCAGGUUCUAUGGACAGUCAGCUCCAGCAGGUGAUCCGAGAAAACCUCUACCUGAGAGCCGUGCCAUGUACAACUAGACAGCCACGAGACGGUGAGAUCUCUGGGGUCGACUAUAACUUUGUCUCAGUUGAAGAGUUCUUCUCGCUGGAGGAGUCGGGGGCAUUGUUGGAGAGUGGAAAGUUCAAAGAAAAAAAGAACGGCUUCGAAUCACUUGAGGGAAACUACUACGGAACUCCUCGUCCGGUUCACAUUGGUCCUGAUAGCCCUCCCAUCAGCUACCAGGAGCACCGCAACCUGCUGAGAAACUUCCGCACUCGCAGUAAAUCUCUCAGCAACCUGGAGAAAGCAGGAGAAGAGGGCGACAACAGCGAGGAGGACUCAGGUCUAUCAGGUGGUUCAGCCGGGGCGAGCAGUGUCCCUGUCCACACGUCAUCCCCCAGCCAAUCACGAAACUCAAGAGGUGGAAACACCAGUGCCUUGGAGAAUGGGCUCGGACCCCGUAGAGGAGCACGGGUGAGAGGGUCUGAAAACUGGGAGAUGAUGUACAGCGACUCAGGGAAUGCCUAUUACAAAGACCAUCAUCUAAAGCCAUCGCCCUGGCUCAAUCGCAGAGCUCACAGCAGAGACAAUGUCUGUAUGCCCGAAUACAUUUCACAUUCAUGCAUUUGGCAGUCACUUACAGACUUACAGUCACAAUGUGUUCAAGUGGCAGAGUUUACAGACCAGCCGAGUGAACUGAGAGGUUUCUCCGUCCACACUCGUCUAGUUAAAGGCGCACGGGGCUUCGGUUUCAACAUAGUGGGAGGCAGUAGGAGGAGAGAGUUCCUGCAGAUCUACAGCAUCACUCCCGGAGGACCUUCAACCCUGAACACAGCGGACAUCCUGGUCUACAUCAAUGAUACAUGUGUACUCGGCUACUCUCACAAAGAUGUCGUAGAAAUUUUAAAAGCCAUCCCUAUUGGUCAUACUGUGGACAUCAUGGUCCGAAGAGGCUACCCAAUGCUCUAUAACUCAGAAGGCUGUCCAAAGAUGUCCAAUCCUAGGCUGACGGCAUCCCAAAACCAGUCACCACAUCUACCUCCACCAACCACAACCCAACCCCAGGCCCAGGCUCCUCUCCCAUAUGCACAGCUUCACCUCAACCACAAUGGGCCCCCGUGGGCUGACUUUGACAGGGGGUCUUCAAGGAAUCUCAGAGUGCGAGCUUCAAGGUUCAGCCUGGAUGCUAAUGGAAAUUCACCUCCAUUUGCUUCACCUCCAAGACCUCCGUCAUCGUACCAGGGCUCCAACGGGUAUGGGAGUGGGUUUUUGAGACCGCCACGCACUGCGAGAAGCAUACGGAGGUUGCAGAGCGCAGAACUAGCCAGCCAGAGUGACAGCGAGGUGGUGUCUGCUAUUGGAUCCCACAGGGCCUCGUUUAUCCGUAACCACAACAACAACUCUCUCUCCACUCCGCCACCUCUCCGCCUGCACUCCUUCAAAUCUUCAGAGAGUGACCUUUCCUCAAGUACUCCACCGCCCAUAUCUCGAUUACCUCUACCCCAUACUGAACUAAGCCCAGGUCCUGUCUCCUUUUCCCCUGGAGGUGGAAGACGCUACUCGCAUUUACGUAAACCUCAGAAUUCAAUGCUAACCCCACCAAGCAGCGUCCAUUCAGACGGCCCUUACUUCACCUUCAACGGGACAGCCAGCGCCAGCAGCGGCAGCCCCAACAGCAGCAUUCCUUCACCCGGAGCCCUGAGCGCCGUCAUAGGCAGUGGUGUUGGAGGAAUGGCGGCUGGUGGAGAAUUGGUGCCUGUUGCAUUGGCUAAAUGCGAGAGGGGCAGCAAUAUGGGGUUCAGUGUGACGGCAGGAGGGCACGGAGGCAGACAGACCCUUGUGAAGAAAGUCUGGGACCACAGACAGUGUAAUGGGCUGCAGUCUGGAGAUGCUGUUGUGAAGAUCAAUGGAGCUGAUGUACAGAGUCUCAGCUUUGCACAGGUCCAAAGGAUUUUGCAAGAACACACUAAAAAAGGAGAGGUUAUUCUGCUGGUUUACAGGGGCCCCUCAAAUUACUCCAAUUCGCCCAAUUCUGUGCGAAGGCUAACUCCUCCCCCUCCUCGCUCCGCUUCUGACUCUGAAGUACCUUUUACUGACUCCAUGCCAUUAUCUCGUAACUCUCUGACUCCGCCAUCUCCAGCGCUUGUGCGCUCUUCAUUGGUCCAGAGCACCAGCUUCCUGGAUUCUGUACCUGUCACUCUCACACUGGAGCCACGGGAUUGGAUGAGCUCAGAGGAUGGAGGGACAGUGCUCAGUCCCAGAGUGAAAACAGAGGAGAAAGAGCAGCCCCCAGCGCUGCGGGGCUAUGAGGUGGAGCUGAAGAGGAAACCAGGUGAAGGAUUUGGAUUCGUUAUCGCCUCUCAGGAUGUGGAAAAUGUCAAAGCGGUGUCUCUGCUGCCGCACAGGUUUGUGACGGUGCGCAGAGGAAGCCCAGCAGCACGCAGUGGUCAGAUCAGGCCUGGCGAUCGUUUGGAGGCUGUGGACGGCAGAUCAGUGGUCAAUUUACCUCAUAGGGAGCUGGCUCAGAUCCUGAGGAGAGCUGGAAACACUCUACGCUUGACCAUCGUACCUCGCGCCAGUGCUCAUUCCUCAGAGCGAGCAGAUUAUGACCCUGAUUAUAAAAACAGGAAAACUCACAAGUCAAAACCAAAGCAGGAUGCCACGCGGUACUACAGUGUGGAACUGGAGCGGGGUCCCACUGGAUUCGGCUUUAGUCUGAGAGGAGGAAGUGAAUACAACAUGGGCCUAUAUGUGCUGGGACUGAUGGAAGGAGGACCGGCCUCACGCAGCCACAAAAUACAGGUGAGUGAUCAGUUGGUGGAGAUCAACGGAGACAGCACAGCAGGAAUGACACACAGUCAAGCAGUGGAGCAGAUCAGGACUGGAGGAAGCAGGAUUCACCUCGUUUUCAAAAGAGGAAACGGAUACGUCCCUGACUACGACCGUGAUCACAUCACAGCCGUCUCCUCCUCACCCCAGCCCCUUCAGUCGAGUUUGGCUGCAGUGAGCCACCGCCGAGCUCAACGGGACGCCACAUCCAGCCUUCAAAAACCAGAGAAGACCAACCGAGGGCGGAGAGAACCGAGGGAGAGGAGUGACGGAGGAGACCGCGAGAGCCCUGAAAGACUCAAGGGUGACCGUCAGGGCAGAAGGCGAAGGUCAAAAGACGACAGAAGGAGACGAAGGUCAUAUAGCUUGCCUAGAAACACACUAAGAAGACACAGCGAUCAAAGCAUGAAGGUUGAAAAGGUUGAAAGAAAUGGGAGAGAGAUGGAGAAAGGUAACAAGAGGAAGGUGGACAGGUCAAAACGAAGCAAGAGUGAGGAGAGGGUGAGAGAAAGAAAGAGCGAAGGAGAUGAGAGUAAGAACACACAAACCAUCAAUAAACACAGACUUCCUGAGCCCAAACUGCAGUGGGAGGAAAAUGAGGAGGAGGAGUGGGAUGGAGAGACUGAGCAAGAGUGGACGAGAGAGAGAGAAAGGCUGAAAGACAAAAAACGGGAGAGGGAGGAGAUAACGUCUCUUGAUUCAGAGAGCGACGGGGAAUUGGAAAGUGAAAAUGAGAGUAAGAUGAAUGUGGAAGCGCUUGAGUGGGAGACGAACAAAAAAAACCAUCAAGACAUUUCUGAGGAAUUGAACAGAGAGCAAGAUACAAGUUUCCAUAAGCGCUUGCCUUAUUUGGGCAUUCGUGUACUUCCUUCAGACAUUCAGUCCCGCCCUCUUAGACGCAUUUCAGACCACUCAUUGGAGGAGCCUGUAGGAAACAAUGCAUUUAAUAGGACGCCGUUUGCUUUCCUCACAACUGAGCAGUCUGAUUACGCAGAGUCCGAGUCAGGAGCCAGUGUGUCUGAGUGUAGCAUAUCGGCAGCCAGUAUCUCUGGUCUAUCAGUGUAUAUGACUGAAAGGUGUCAUUUGAAUAGCAUACACAAUUCCCCGGAGGCCUUACUUCCAGGCCUGUGGUUAAAACCCAGCUUGGAGAGACUCAUUAGAGAGGGUGAGGAGAUCAGGAUGAUGGGGAAAGGUGGAGGAACCGAAUGUUGAUUUACUGUCUGUUGCUGUCUGAAUAGCUACUUACACUGGUGUAUUACCUCAUGUUUAGGUUUAAAGUGGCAAUAAAAAGGAAGUAGCAAGAGAUGGUUUAUUGUGAAUUCUGAAUGAAUCUAAUAAUGGAAAGGUUGAGUUCAAGGAGUGGAGGCAGAUCAGAAUCUUAACUUGCUUUCGAUUAUAAGACAAAGGUAAUGAAUGUGGAUGAAGUGUUUAGAAAGAGAGAAAUGUGACAGUUGUUCCACAGGAAGUUUAAGUAAGGACAUUUUUAUUUAUAAUCAUGAGGAAAAAGGCCAGGACUUACCAAGACAAUGGUCAAGCUCUCUUCGCCUCUAGUCAUGUUAAGGUCAGAGGGAGUUAGCCUGAAUUAGAGUUGGCAAGUAGAAUUGGGAUUGACCAUCAUUGAAAGAGUGCUGUGAUUGGCUGUUCAGCUACGAAUAAGAGCGUGAGAACAAAAACUGAAGUAACGAAACUAAGUAAAUGUCACAGGUCAUGCGGAAACAAAAAAAAUGGCUGUCAUGUUGUCAUUAUUUAGAUGUCAGACAUAUUUUCAUGAGCAAAUCCGUAUGUGUUGACGUAAACACGUAAACACGGUUUUGUUUAUGGUUUGUAUGCGUGCAGCACUAGUUCUGGUCUUGCUUUGUGGAAUGACAAUACAGAUACUGCCACCUACAGGUGUGGAAAGACGCAUCCUCUUAUGCAGAGUCAGAACACACACUCUUGUUUCAGUUGGCUGUCGUCAGUUUGGUGUGUUCACACUCAGCUUUUUGGUCCAGAAGGGACUAGACCUAGCCAACUAAAGGCCACAGCACAGUUUGUUUUAGUAGUUGCUAGUAAUUUGACGUCAACUUGAUAUGUUCCUGUUUUUUUUGAACAUCUGUGCUUCAUUUAUUCACAAUAAGAUCAAUGACAUACAUUUAGAAAUAAGAAAGGGUUAACUGUCUUUUAUACAGCAACUUUAGCUUAAGGUUUGUACAAAUCCCUCACCUUAAAUAUUCAGUACUCACAAGAGUAUCAUAAAAAAAAUAAGGUCACAUUUAAUGCUGUUCUGCAUAAUGUAUUGGUUGAAAUUUGAACCCAGUCUCAUUGUAAAUCCACUAAUCCAGACAAUGUUUUUGGAAAACUGCCACCCACAAUUGAUGUAAAUAUCCCCCCAACCUCCUCCCCACAAAAAACAAAACAAAAACAUGUAAAUAAAAAAUGCAUCUACACUGUAAGGAACGUCAAUCAAUUUGUGUUGGGAAAACAUUGAGGAAUGAAGUACAAUUUUUAGUUUCUAAAAAUUUAAGUACCGUAGAUUGAACAUAAAAGCAGUUAAGUUGUCCCCCCAAAAACUCAAAAAUUGUGUUGUUUCAGCUCAUUUUAAAUAAGUAGUUUGACCAAACAGCAAAAGCAAGCUUGAGUGUAGGACCACAGAACCAGUCAUAAGGGUCUUUUUUUUUUUCUUAAUAUGAGAUUACGUUAUAAGUUGAAUAAAUAAGCUUUCCAUUGUUUGUGUGGACUAGACAUUACUUGGCUGAGAUACAACUUGACAAUCUGGAAUUCGAGGGUUCAAACGAAUCAAAUUAUUGAGAAAAUUGUCUUUCGCUUAUUGUAGAUUGCGAAUUAAAAUGUUUUGUGGCUGUCCUACAAAGUCAGUGAGCUAAAUCGUUCACAUGCUGCAUCCUUGUACUUAUGACGCAGAGUUCUCAGGUAUCAGUCCUCUGAAUACUUAAGUGGGUGGCUCUUUUGACUUCAGCAUUAAGCAUUUUAAAUGCAUAUACAUUUAUACAUCAAGCAGGGGCUUAUGCAACCAGACUUGCAAAAGAGGAAAAUAACAAGCAGUUUGUGCCAACAGUUUCAUAGUACACAAUGCCAAGUUGCCAAAUUUCAAGUAGAAGUCUGUUUAGUGUACAACCAUUUAGAACAAGUUACCAACUGCAAAGAAUUCAGAAAAGGCAUCAUGGUUGUAUGUUUUGCACAAGCAAACACCAUUUACAGAAAAGUAGUAUAUUUUUCUCAUUUAAGUGUUUUUUUUUAACUCUCCCACUCCAGCUUGCUCUCUCAGGCCUACAGUAUCUCUCCCCUCUUCCACUUUGUCCUCCACAAAGAAAGUCUGCAGUUACAGUAUCAUCAAAACAUCUUUAUUUUUGCACCAGACUGUUUAUACAGUACAAUAUGUUGAACUUGUAUGCAACAAAAUGAUUGUGUGUGUUGGGUCAAAAAUUCUUUUUCAUGGUAGCUCAUGUAAACCAGAGAAAGACUAUGAUUACGUUUUAUUAGCUACAGAUCAGAUGCUGAAUGAUUAUUAUUAAAUGCUACUGUUCAAAAGUUUGAGGUCAGGAAAAUAAUUUACCAAAACAAUGACAAACAGUGUAUAACAGCAACUGUUUUCAGCAUUGAUUAGAAUAAGCAAUGUUUCCUGAGCCCCAAAUCAGCAUAUUAUAGUAGUUUCUGAUGGAUUGUCGGACACUGAGGACAAAACUAAUGGCUGUUGAAUUAGUUUUGUCAUUAUUAAAAUAAAUUUAAGUAAAUAUAGUAUUAAAAUGAAGUAAUUUUGAGCAAAUAGCAAUUAAUUAUCUUACCAACAGCAAACAUUUGAACAGUACUCAAUAGUUUAUAUUUGAAACAUUGAACAUUGAAUGAUUUUUGCAACACCUAUUGUGCUUGUUCCUUGAAACAGGCCCCAUCUCUGCUAAGUUGAUUUUAAAAGGAACGCUCCACUUCUUUUGGAAAUAGGGACAUUUUACAGGUCCUCUAAGGUUAAACAGUUGAGUUUAGCCAUUUUUGAACCCAUUCAGCCAAUCUCCAGCCCUGGCAGGAGCUCAUUUAGCUUAGCUUAGCAUAAUUCAUUGAAUUGGAUUAGACCAUUAGCAUCACAUUUUUUAAAAAUCAAAAGUUUUUUGAAACUUUUAAUGUUCCAUCAGUCUUAGUACAUGAUGUAACUACAGAAUAAUCACGCUUUAAAUUAGAUAAUUCUAUAAUUUUUUUUUUUAUUUUAACCAAUGCUAAUGGUCUAAUCAAAUUUA